UGGUGGAGGGGCGGCAGGAGGGGUAGGGGCAGGGGUCGGCCACCUACGCAAAGGGAGGUCUUGGAGGAUCUGGCUGUCUCUCCGCGUGAUCACUCCUCUGUUGGCCUCGCUACCCAUGGCAACUAGAGGCUAGUGUUUAUGGGACCCUCAGUUGUGGGGUUUCAAGGGUUGGUAAUGAAUCCUCUGAUUCAGAGAUUCGACACCUCUCUUAAGUACUCAGGGGGUUGGUAGGUUCAGUGUUUAGGAUGCCAAGGGAACCUGUCUUUUGAUUCGCGAUUCAACAUAUAGAGGUAGCAGUCACCAUCAUGCUCAAAGCUGUGAUCCUGAUUGGAGGCCCUCAGAAGGGGACUCGCUUCAGGCCCUUGUCUUUUGAGGUGCCCAAACCACUGUUUCCUGUAGCUGGAGUCCCUAUGAUCCAGCACCAUAUUGAGGCUUGUGCCCAGGUCCCUGGGAUGCAGGAGAUUCUACUUAUUGGCUUCUAUCAACCAGAUGAGCCCCUUACCCAGUUCCUAGAAGCUGCCCAGCAGGAGUUUAACCUUCCAGUCAGGUAUCUUCAGGAAUUUGCACCCCUGGGCACAGGGGGUGGUCUCUACCAUUUUCGGGACCAGAUCCUGGCUGGAGGCCCCGAGGCUUUCUUCGUGCUCAAUGCUGAUGUCUGCUCCGACUUCCCCUUGAAUGCUAUGUUGGCUGCCCACAGACAAGACCGUCACCCUUUCUUACUCCUGGGCACCACGGCUAAUAGGACACAGUCCCUCAACUAUGGCUGCAUCGUUGAGAAUCCACAGACGCACGAGGUCCUGCAUUAUGUGGAGAAACCCAGCACGUUUAUCAGUGACAUCAUUAACUGCGGCAUUUAUCUCUUCUCCCCUGAUGCCUUGAAACCUCUUCGGGAUGUCUUCCAGCGCAAUCAGCAGGAUGGGCAACUGGAGGACUCUCCGGGCUUGUGGCCGGGGGCAGGUACCAUCCGCCUGGAGCAAGAUGUGUUCUCAGCCCUGGCAGGACAGGGCCAGAUAUAUGUGUACCUCACUGACGGUAUCUGGAGCCAGAUCAAGUCUGCAGGUUCAGCCCUCUAUGCCUCCCGCCUCUAUCUGGGCCGUUAUGAAUUCACUCACCCAGAACGGCUGGCCAAGCAUACCCCAGGAGGUCCACAAAUCAGAGGUACCCACCCUGCCCCAAUUCUUAACCUUUGCCCUCUGCCCCAUACCCCUCUGCCCUCUGAGCCAGGACUCCUGACCUCAGGUCCAGAGUUGAAGUCUCAAUCCCUGCCCCUUCCCAUCCAGAUAUGGUUUGGGGUAUUUGGCCCCAGGGCCUCUCUUCUGCUUCUAGGAAACGUUUACAUCCACCCAACAGCUAAGGUGGCCCCAUCGGCUGUGGUAAGCAGUGGGCCUAGCCCUGGGGUUAAGACGGGUGGUGGUCAGGAUGGGUGGGUGCCACAGGUCUCUCUACUUUAUCACAGUCUGAGGUAUGGCCUUGAGCAGAUAGAUCACUUCCCCCUCAUUUGUUCUAGGAAGGAAUUGGACUGGGGAUCCACAAAUCUCUCCAAGGCUUAUAGUACGUGCUCCUCUUCACAGCUAGGGCCCAAUGUCUCCAUUGGCAAGGGAGUGACGGUGGGUGAGGGCGUGCGUCUCCGUGAGAGCAUUGUCCUUCAUGGAGCUACGUUACAGGAGCACACGUGUGUUCUGCACAGCAUUGUGGGCUGGGGAAGCACCGUGGGACGCUGGGCCCGCGUGGAGGGUACUCCCAAUGACCCCAACCCCAAUGACCCCCGAGCCCGCAUGGACAGUGAAAGCCUCUUCAAGGACGGGAAGCUGCUGCCUGCCAUCACCAUCCUGGGCUGCCGCGUCCGGAUCCCUGCUGAGGUGCUCAUCCUGAACUCGAUUGUUCUGCCACACAAGGAGCUGAGCCGAAGCUUCACCAACCAGAUCAUCCUCUGAGGGGGCUGUCAGAGGCCCCCUCAACUCCCACUGGCUCCUCUGGAGGCUGCGUUCUGUUUGGCCAGCCUCUGUCCAGGAAAGACCAGAGGAAGCCAGGCAGGACCUUCACAUUCCAGGAGCAGUGUGGGUGGCCGGGACUCCUAGCUUCCCUCCCCACUCCCUAAUAAACCCGGUGAACCUUGGAGCCAG